CUUCUCCCUCGAAAACAAUUCAUAAAGAGAAAAUACUAGCUGCUCAAUCAUGGCUUUACAUAUUCUCCUUAAUUUUCAGUGUCUACUCGUGUUACUGUGUCUGCAAUUAGCAUCUACUACAGAAACACCAAUCACUGCUUCCAGAGUAAUUACCAAGCCUGGCUGCCAAGAUAAGUGUGGGAAUGUUAGCAUACCCUACCCAUUCGGCAUCGGAGAUGGUUGUUUUAUUAAGCGUAGGUUCGAACUGAAAUGCAACGACAGUCUCCCUUAUUCCACCAGAUUUCCAGUGCAAGGCAGCAACAUUAAGAUCUCAAACAUAUCAAUACCUGAUGGAGAGAUGACAGCCUUACUCCGCAUAGCUAGAGAUUGUUCAGAUAAGAGCAAACAAUUGGCCGACAAUUUCAAAAAAAAUAAAGAUACGUCAGCCCAUUUAGGAAGGUUUACCUUCUCUAAUACCAAAAACAAGUUCAUAGCUAUUGGUUGCGACACCUUGGCAUAUUUAGGAACGGCAGGUUCUAACGCACCGGUUGGUACAGGAUGUUUGACAUACUGUAAUGAUGUAGGAGAUACUACUAAUGGGACUUGCAAUGGUAUUGGUUGUUGUGAGGCUUCUAUUCCAGCUGGCCUUAAGACAUAUGCGGUGGAAAUUAAAAGCAUAUCUACAUCUCGUAGGAAUUUGGAUUUCAAUCCAUGUAGUUAUGCUUUUUUAACGGAAAAAAAUUCAUUCAACUUUUCUUCGUCAUACCUCGAAAAUUUCCGAAAUCAUGGGAGGAUGAGGGUUCCGGCAGUGAUCGAUUGGAUUAUAAGUACCAAAACAUGCGAGGAAGCUCAAAGAAACCCAGCAAGGUAUGCAUGUGGACCUAACACUGACUGCGUGAAAGGAAAUAAUGAAGCCAAAGGUUAUCGCUGUAGUUGUAAAACAGGCUACGAAGGGAACCCUUAUCUCAACACGAGUACCGGUGGUCAUUGCCAAGAUAUUGAUGAAUGCAGUGGGAUAAAUAACUGUACUAGUAUGGGACUGGGAAGUAAAUGCAAAAAUAAGGAAGGGACCUACAAAUGCUUUUGCGACAAGGGAUACAAAGAAAUCAGAAAUCAAUGCUCUCCUAUUCAGAGUCGGAGAAUAUUUAACGAGAUUGUUCUCGGGGCAAGCCUAAGCUUAUCUCUUCUACUUGUGAUUGGCUUCGGGUUGUAUUGGGUACAUAGGAAAAGAAAGCACAUGAAAGUCAGGGAGGAAUUCUUUAAGCAAAAUGGUGGGCUGAUUUUGAAUCGGCUCCUUGAUGAACGGGAAGAAGAUAUGGAGAACAGUAGAAAGGGAAGUAAAAUGGGCAAAGGAGAAAAAAAGCACCGAUCAAUUGCUACAAUAUACACCGAGAAGGAGCUAAGCAAAGCAACUAACAACUAUCAUGACACUCAAAUUCUUGGACGAGGAGGGUUUGGCACGGUUUAUAAAGGAACUUUAUCGAAUGGAAACGUAGUUGCUAUUAAGAAGACAAAAAUAGUCAAUAUGGAUCAAAAUGAGCAAUUCAUAAACGAGAUUGCUGUUCUAUCACAAAUCAAUCACAAAAAUGUGGUACAGCUCUUGGGUUGUUGUCUCGAGAGCGAGGUUCCUUUACUAGUUUAUGAAUAUGUUGGUAAUGGGACUCUUUACCAGCAUUUACAUGAACAUCCUGACAACCAAGGGAGGCCUGCUUUUCUUUCAUGGGAAAGUCGUUUAAGGAUAGCCUCGGAAGUUGCAGGUUCAUUAGCCUACUUGCACGCUGAAGCUUCCAUACCCAUAAUCCACAGAGACAUCAAGUCAAGUAAUGUACUUCUAGAUGAUGAUUACAGAGCAAAAGUUUCAGAUUUCGGUGCUUCGAGGUUGAAUCCUACUGAUGAAGCUCAGUUAAGCACAAUAGUUCAAGGUACAAUUGGGUACUUAGAUCCAGAAUACAUGCAAUCAAGCCAAUUAACAGAGAAAAGCGAUGUUUAUAGCUUCGGCGUUCUUCUGGUGGAAUUGCUAACAGGAAAAGCAAUAUUUUCUCUCGACAGACCUGAAGAAGACAGAAAUCUGGCAAAUUACUUCCUUUCUUCUAUGAAAACCAACAGGUUGUUUGCGAUUCUUGAUAGCAGUUUGGUACAAAAUGAUAAUGAACGAGUCAGUAGUGUGCAUGAGCACCAACAAAUCCAACAAAUGGCUGAACUUGCACAAAAAUGCUUAAGAAUGAAAGGAGAGAAUCGACCUACAAUGAAAGAAGUAGCAAUGGUCUUACACGGAUUGUUGAUGAUUUCUUCGAGUUACCCUGGCAUCUUGGAUGCCGAGGAAACGAUGCGUACAACCAAAGAAGAACACAUGCUCUUGUUGGAAUCAGCUGAACUACUAUCUUACACUGAUAGUUCAACAACAAUUGGUGAUAGCAGCAAAAGGAUAACAGCAUUAGCAACUGAGGGACGUUAAUCGAUUUAGGGCUAUACCUUGCAUAAUUCAUAAUAUCAUUUCUCUUUCCGUCUUCAGUACGUAUUUGAAAAGCUACUUAUAGGUCUAGACUACAAAGAUUUAGGGCUUAUAAUUGAAUGGUAAAUUUGUGAGACUUCAAAAAGAACCGUUACAAUUAGUUUUAAGUAUAGUUAAAACAAGUUAAGGUUUAUUUUGAUUUUGAGCCAUAAUGAGAUUUUAAGUUGAAUUUUUAGUAAAAGUAUCAAGACUUGUUUAGUUUCUUAUUUUCACUUUAAGUUUUUUGGGUUAUGAUUAAUAAAUGUAUAUGUUAUAUUUAAGAGAAGCCAAAAUAAAUAGUAGGAUGGGUGUGGUUCCUUUGCUUUGUGGUUAA